AGGAAACAUCGAUAUCGACGAAUGCGACAACCAAGAUAAGAGCAAAACACAUGACUUAAGGUUUAACAUAUUCAUUAAAAUUUUGCUCCUGGAAGUCUUCGUCAAAUCAGCAAUUUUGUGGACCUAAAGCAUGAUGCAAGUUGUCCGAAAAGAAGCUUAUAUACAUAGAAACCAUGGCUGCUUAAUUGACUUUUUGUAGCUACUAAGAAUUUAAAUGAACAUAUAAUUUUUUAAAGAAAAAAAAACAAAGGAUUUCAAGAAUGGCCGGCGGUGGAGGUGGCGGAGGAGAAGUGAGUUUGCAGUAUACGCCGACGUGGGUGCUGGCGUUGGUGUGCACAGUCAUCGUUGCCAUCUCUUUGGCUGCAGAGAGACUCCUUCACUACACCGGCAAGUUCUUGGUGAAGAAAAAGCAAUGGCCACUUUUCGAGGCGUUGCUCAAGAUCAAGGAAGAGCUGAUGUUGCUGGGAUUCAUAUCUCUGCUGCUCACUGUUUUCCAAGACAGAAUCAGCACAAUAUGCAUUGCGCAGCAUUUAACCUAUGAUUGGCUGCCCUGCAAAAAGGUCAAAGAUGAAGACGACGGCGACGGUGGCGCCGGCCACCGCCGCCUUCUUGCAGCAGCAUCUGAUGCUCCUGGCCACUGUGAAUUAAAGGGGAAGGCUCCACUGUUGUCUCUCAAGGCACUGCAUGAUCUCCACAUAUUCAUAUUUGUGCUAGCUGUGGUGCAUGUGGUUUUCUCUGCUCUUACCAUUCUCUUUGGUAGCUUGCAGAUUCGCCAGUGGAAGCAUUGGGAAGAUGCUAUACAGAAAAAGGAAGCAGAUCCAGAACAAGGGCAGCAAGCAAAAGUAACACAUAUCCACCAGCAUGAUUUCAUUAGGGGGAGGUUUCUUGGCAUAGGGAAAGACUUGGCUCUCUUGAGUUGGGUGCAUUCCUUUUUCAAGCAAUUUUAUGGCUCUGUGAAUGAGCUAGAUUACAACACUCUCCGACGUGGCUUCAUCAAUAAUCAUUACAGAGAUAAUCCUAAGUUCAACUUCUACAAGUACAUGGUUCGUGCUCUUGAAACCGAUUUCAAGAGAGUUGUCGGAAUAAGCUGGUAUCUAUGGAUUCUUGUGGUGCUUUUCUUGUUGCUGAAUGUUCAUGGGUGGCAUGCUUAUUUCUGGAUUGCAUUCUUGCCCUUGAUUCUUCUUGUUGCUGUGGGAGCCAAACUUGAGCACAUUAUCACUCAACUAGCAAGAGAAGUGGCUCAGAGGCAUGUAGCUUUACCAGGGGAGCUUGUGGUGCAGCCUUCUGAUCAUCAUUUCUGGUUCAAGAAGCCGCGCCUCGUCCUCAUCCUCAUCCACAUCAUCCUCUUCCAGAAUUCCUUUGAGAUUGCAGUUUUCUUCUGGAUGUUGGUUUUGUACGGCUUCGACUCCUGCAUCAUGGGACAAUUCGGGUACAUAAUCCCCCGGCUCAUAAUAGGGGUGCUGGUGCAGCUUCUUUGCAGCUAUAGUACCCUGCCACUCUAUGCUAUUGUUGCUCAGAUGGGGAGCUCAUUCAACAAGGCUAUAUUUGAAGAUCACAUACAAGCCAAGAUCACUGGUUGGGCAAACAAGGCAAAGAUGAACCGGAAAAACGUCGAUACCGGCAACAAAGAGUCUCCGGUGCCGGCCAGAGAGUCGACCGUAGAUCAAGGCAGAGAAAUAGAAAUCCAAAAUAUUAGUGCUCAUCCAUCAAAUGGUCAGAAUUGAGCAUUCCUUAUAUGUAAACGACAGUGCAAAAUGCUCCAUAAUUUAAAAAAUAUAUCUCACUUGAUUCCAAA